AUGUCCGUCACCGGCCACAGAAGCAGUGCAAGUUUGAACAUAUAUCAGAAAGUUGCAUCAGAUGAAAAACUUAGAAUGGGUUUAACACUUGGCUAUGCACUUACUGGAGAUCCUAGCUGUCUGACGAAAGAAAACGAGGUAGCCUGUGUUUACCAGCAGCAUCCUCAUGACAACCACCCCAAACAAUCAUCCAAUGCAACCCACCUUUCUUUCCGUACCACUGGCACUGGAAACCAAAUUGUGCCUCUUCACAAGCGACAAGCUCCCCGUUUCACAGAAACUGCAACAAUUACCAAACGACCAUGUCUGCACAAUCUCCAGAGAGCAAACUCUUCAAGUUCUGUAACAGCUAAGCAGUCUUUAACAUAUGAUGACUCGAUGUUCGAAGAAAACAAUGCAGUUAGCGAUGCAGAGUUGCUGAAAGCAGUAAAUGAGUAUGAAGAAGCUACAAUAUCAGAGAAUGUUCAAUUCAUGCAGUCAUCUCAGACUGACUCAAACAAAAUACAGUGCAUUUCCAGGCAAAUAUUGAAGAAGAUGAGCCCACCUACAUUCAGUAAUUGCAAAAUUGAAGGUGGAAUUAUUAUUAACAUUCAUAAAGAUUGA